GGUUUAGAUGGCAGCAGCAGCAGUGAUCACCUAGUCGGUCACUACUGGUAGACAGAGCGAAGUUCGACGACGGGCUUCGACACGUUUGUUUGAAGGGGCCCAGCGGCGGCAUCCAUUAUCGCGGCUUAGUGUUUUUAUAUUCUCACUACUUAGCGCAAUAAAAGCAUAGUAACGGCAACAGCAUCCAAUAACCGUCAGCAGUUGGUGACGACGGUGACAGAUUGACUGGAUUAAGAAACACGCGUUGCCGUGUGUUCGUGUGCGGUUGAUUCAGCGAAUUAGUGUGGAUCUUUCGAAGGGGCGCUAACUCGGAUAGAGGGGCCCAACCAUGGCUGUGUUUGGACUGGUCUCGUCGGUGGCCGGCUUCAUCAAAGUCCGGUACCUGAUCGAUAAGGCCAUCAUCGAUAACAUGGUUUUCCGGUGUCACUACCGGUUAACCAGCGCAGUGCUUUUCCUCUGCUGUGUGCUCGUUACGGCUAAUAACCUAAUUGGUGAUCCCAUUUCCUGCAUCAAUGACGGAGCUAUUCCUGGUCAUGUAAUCAACACGUAUUGCUGGAUUACAUACACUUUCACGCUGCCCGGUCAACACGGACGGCCGGUGGGCACCUCGGUGGCGCACUCAGGUCUUGGCAACGAAUAUAACCAGGAGCGAACGUACCACAGCUACUACCAGUGGGUGCCGUUCAUGUUGUUCUUCCAGGGGCUACUGUUCUACAUGCCCCACUGGAUCUGGAAGAACUGGGAAGAGGGAAGGAUGCGCAUGAUCUCCGACGGACUUCGUGGGAAUAUGACCCUCAGCAUGGAAGAACGGAAAGGUCGUCAAUCCCGACUGGUUAGGUACCUCCGAGAAUCCAUCAGAACCCAUAAUAGCUAUUCGUUCGGUUACUUCCUCUGUGAGGCGCUAAACUUCAUCAACGUGAUCGGCAACAUUUUCUUUGUGGACAAAUUCCUCGGUGGUGCUUUCCUAACUUACGGAUCUCAAGUGCUAAAAUUCAGCGAUAUGGACCAGGAGAAUCGCUCGGAUCCUAUGAUAGAGAUCUUCCCUCGUGUGACCAAGUGUACAUUCCACAAAUACGGAGCUUCCGGCAGUAUCCAAAAGCACGAUGCCCUCUGCGUAUUGGCGUUGAACAUAUUGAACGAGAAGAUCUACAUAUUCCUGUGGUUCUGGUUCAUUGUGUUGUCUAUCCUGUCAGGCCUCGCAAUUCUCUACUCGGCGGCCAUCGUCAUGAUGCCCACGACACGCGAGGCCGCACUCAAACGUCGCUUCCGCAGUGCAGACUCGAAGCAGAUUGAGAAUCUCAUUCGCCGAAUCCAGAUCGGUGAUUUCCUCAUGAUUCACCUCCUAGGGCAGAACAUCAACGUAACGUCAUACUGUGAGGUACUGCUUUCGCUAAUGGCCGACUUGUCGCUAAGGAACACGGAACGGUCGGGCGACACACCUUCGGCGCCUUCAACCCUCGAGAUGGCUCCCAUUUAUCCGGAAAUUGGAAAAUACGAAAAGGAGAGGGCAGCGCUGCGCCAGGAAUACGAAGCCUAGAUCAACUUACAAAUUCCGACACGAGAGCAAGAGCUGUGUUUUAGCAAGCAUUAGAAGAACAGAAGCAACAGGAAGAAGUCAACACACGGAAUGUGAAGUGAAUGAACGGCGAAUGAAAGAGGCAGAGCGAGAAACGGAUCAAUAUAAAACGAGGGAAGAAUAGAGUGGAUGUAUGAUGGAUUGCUUUAGAUAGGACGCUACUACAUUCCCGAGGCAAUGGAACAGGAAGACAAAGGAAAGAGUGGCUCGGAGAUGAGUGUGUGAAACGAAGAGUCUUGUCUGAGAAAAAAGCGUGAUAAAAAGAGGGAAAGCGUGAGCAUUUUUGUUUUAAAUAUACGAAGGGACCCGAUUUUUUUGCGGUUCCUAUAUAGAACUCAGACUUCAGAGGAGCUAACUUUACAUAAAAGAAUAUUUGUAUUUUAUUCGGUAGGAAUUUUAGACAAGUACGCGAAGCAUUUUACGUGCGAUUUUCGUCAAAAUUUUAAACGUCAAUUGAGGAAUCUUUGAAAAUAACAAGACUGUCUCUAUUUAAAAGAACGAAACUAUAGUUUAGAAAAAAAAGCGCAAAAUCUCCAGGAAUCCAACCCUCGAAUACUACUUGUAACUUUAGGAUGUAUUUUUCAAUCAAAAAUCUAUUUUUCUACGGAUUUACAUUAAAAAAUAACAAGCGCAUUUAGUAUAAUUCCAAUUGCCAAUCGUGAUAGCAAGCGUUAGCGCAGACAAAUCAAAAAGACAAUCGCCGGAUGCACUAUUUCGAAAGACACACAAUACUUUUUUUUAGAAUAUAGAAAAGAGAUGAACGAAUUGCCAUAAAACGUAAGAGACAAUCAAUCAUAAACAAUUACCCACGAAACAACCCAUACACAAUUCAACUAACACACAAUAGGCUAGACUAACCUAUUAGAAAGGAAAGAGAGCAAUCGUAAUUCGAGAGUGAGAGCGCAACAUGUGCAACAACCAAGUGCAAAAAUUCCAACAACCGAACUUUAGUAGUGCUCAAAACUAUUUUAGGAAACAAACGCGCAUUUACAAUUUAUUAUUCCACACCGGUAUAUAAAAAAACAUUUCAAUAUGGAGGCGAUUCAACACAGCAUAAUCUCCUAACGUUUCUCAUUAUCCUUCGAAUACCCCCUCCGAAUCCCCUCCCCCUCUCGACUAUUUUCUUGUUUUAGUAGGUAGAACAAUUUUAACAUGGAAAAAAGCUGCCUUAUAGCGUCGUGAACUAAUUUUACUGCAUGGAUAAAGUGGUACAAUAAAAAGUAGAAGAAACGAAUGGAAAAAACAAAUUUCAUCUCAUUAGAACUAUAAGUGGAAAGGAGGACGAGGAAGAGCAUUUCUAGGAGCAAUAGCGCCGUGUGGUCACAAUUAUCUUUUUUUUUUUUCUAGUGAGUAGAAACCGAUUUCUCAUAAUUUUUUUGCAAGGGAACACAUCUUUUCUAUCAUCUAUUAAUUUUACUCGAAUCAAAUGUCAUUAUUAAUUGAGGAAACUCUAUCAAUGUUGUCGACUUAUGAACUAGAAUUCCGUACGAUCAAAUGCAAUAGCAGCGCAGAAUAAUUACUCAAGAAUUAUAUAUGAAAAUGAUUAUGCUGUUGCUGCUUGUUGCUUCCGAAUAACCUAUCUCAACUUAUCUCGAACUUGCAAAAUAAGGAGAAAUUUUAUUGUGAUAAGAUUGAAAUUUAGAAGAAAUAAAUAUCAGUUUUAUAAGA